AUGAACUACGCCCAUUAUAAUGGUGCACUUGCUCUUGUGCCACUCCGACUAUGCGGAGCACUAUCGCUACUUGUGUCUUGUAGACAUCUAGAUCGGUACGCUUGCAAUUUCAUCAAGGUUGCGUUGCUUGACAAACUGGGUCACAAUGCCUUAAGGCUGAAUCGAAUGCCUAUCUUCCCUACAAGCAACGUUUACUCGCAAUGCAGCUCAGCACUUAGGAACACAUCCGACAGCGAACACUGUCUCCAGCGACUAGGGACUAUGCCCCAAGGUCAGCGAAACGCCUCGGAGGAUCGUUCUGACUCAACCCACUCAGAGAAGAUUGAUGUAUUCGGAAAUGCUGUAUCAGACUAUAACGGGGUUUGGGAUGAAACACACAAUACCUACAAGUCUGCUCUUUAUACCAUCUCCCGACUGACAAUUAGCCUCAAAUUCGUCAAUGAAGGUAGCAGAGCACUUGACAAGGCUGUGAAGACACUCAAAGACAUGGAGGAGGCAGAGUCCCAGAAAGCCAAGGAGACUGAAGCUAGUACAGAAAAAAGUGGCCAUAGUAAAAGGAAGUCUAUCUCUAGUCAUCUGGUGGCAGCUAGCACAGAGAAAAGUGGAAAACGAGCGGGUAAGGCAUUUCACAGUGCGGUGGAUGAACUAAAGAACGUGAAGCGGAGGCAUUACGAACUCUCCUGUGCAAAUUUCUCCUUCGAAAAUGCCAGAAGUGAUCGUGAUCAAGAGGCUGACAAGGCGAUAGACAGGUUCUUUGACGACGCUUGCUACUUGCUAAAUUCGCGAUCGGUCGCGCACUGCGGCACAGCAUCCGAGUACUGGAUCCAGCUCAUCAAGGAACUAAUAUUACUCUCUCUGAAAAGUGUAAAACAGUCAAGGAUAAAUUGA